CCAUUGUUAGCUGCGUCACAUGAUCUGUCAGAACCACCGCCGACAUGGCGAGCAGCAAGGGACAGCCUGAGGUAAUCUCGGACUUCGGGCAAAUUUGGGACGACAUGAAAUCUAGACCACUGCUCGAAAUUGUCGGCGUGAGUUCUCUGUCUACCGUCGGGACCGUGUUGAAUGCUCCAAACCCUGUGUCUAAAGGCUGGGAAGCCCUGGCAGACAAGUUAGGGUACAGUCGCGAUAAGAUAGAAAUGCUCCGGCAGGAGGGAAACAAGAUGUACCAGAAGUGCCCGGGUGAGUUGCUGCUGGAGACCUGGGGAGGCCGGGGGUCUGGCAGCACGUUACAGGUCCUGGAGCAGGCUCUGAUAGACAUCGACAGACUGGACGUUCUAGAAGAACUUCAGAAAGCUGCUAAAGAUGAGUGUACCCUAUCGGUUACCAUCUGUAUUCACCAGAAGGAAAGGUCAAUGACCUUACCUGGGGUCUGGGGCAUGCUCACCCUCGGGCAAGCUCUAGAGGGCGCUCUUGAAGAAACUGGACUCAGAACUGACGACUUUGAGAUACAGGGGAGUGAAAGUGAAAGUGGACAAGCCAUGUCGUGGACUACAAAGGCAAGGGAGUGUAAGGGUAUACACCUUCGUCUCGUGAAGAAGAAACUUCCUCAGCCAAGGGUCGAUGUCACCAGGGAUGAGGUCUGCUGGGAAGAGCUGACUAAGAUCCCCGGCUUCCAUCACAACAUACCUGACGAUCCUGCAGCGAUCCACACAUUCAUGUUCAACUACCUCCGUGAUGAAGGCUGGUACGUCAUCAGGAAGUGUGAAAACAACAAGUUAGCAGUCAGCGUGACGUACCUGGGAGAAAUUCGUCACUUCCGGAUCGGCCAUACAGACGGAAGGUUCUACUUCCGGAAGGACGAAUUCCAAGCCAGCAGUCUGCACGAGCUGAUCGAGACUUACAAAUGGAACGAUCUUCCCGCCAAGUGUGGCCGACUGAACGGCUCGGCUCACAACACGUCCAACCCGCCAGUCCCGGACAGGGAAAGGGGUGUCCGGCUCCUAAAGCCUGUGUGAAUUAUGGUCAUCGAAGUGCAAUAUAUAUAUAUAUCAUAUAUCUGUCAGAUUUGCCUCUGUGUCUAAAAUAAGAAUAAACAGUAAACUGACACUCAAAUAUAAGUAUUUCGGGCACUUUCCUCGCAGUACGUCCCAUUCACAUAAUCAACGCUGGAGAUCGUUUCACAAGUGUAAGAUCAUUACAAAUUGGACAGGGUGUUAGAGGGAAACAAAUGACAUUGUAAUUAUAUACAAGAGAAUGCUAACCAUAAAGCAACGCUGAGGAUGAUGGUUGACCUAACUUUUAAUACUUUAUGUGUGUGUAAAGCUUUAUGUACGUGUAACUACAUUUACGUGUGAUCGUUUGAACACAACUACCCGCAUAUGAUAAAACGGUGUUCUUUUUUGAAGUUUUACAAUGUACAAUUGUUGUGUAAAUAAUAAUAAAAUAAAGUACAGU